CUGGGCUGUUCCCUGCUGAGAAAGAAAGGCAAAACCCAAACCCACCCAAACCCAUCCCCUUCUGUUAGCGGUUUGUUGGGAGGAUUCUGCAGCUGGAAACCCGCCCUGCGAGCCUGCAGGAGCUCUCAGAGCCUCAGCAGACAUGAACGUGAAAACGGUGCUCAUCCUCCUCGUUCUGGCUUUAGCCACGAUAUUCGCUUUAGUCUGUGUGUUGCUGACCAGAGGAAGAGCCCCCAGCACCUGCCAGCACCGGCCCCCGCCGCAGGAUGACACCGAUGAUGACCGGAGCCUGGUCUUUGCCGAUCUGACACCGGAGGAGAUGGUGCAAGUGGUGCGGUACCUGCAGAGAAACCUUGGGGUGCAACUGGUGGAUGCCUCGCGUGCCAAGCCCUCCGACAACUGCAUCGCCUCCGUCGACGUGCAGAUCCCCGCCAAGGCAGAGGUGCUGCGGUUCCUGGACGGUGGGGGGACUCGCCCGCCCCGGGAGGCGUUGGCUGUGCUGUACUUUGGGAACCAGGCAGACCCCAACAUCACCGAGUACGUGGUGGGUCCGCUGCCAUCGCCGAUGUACCACCGGGACGUCACGGUGCAGAAGUACGGGGGGAAACUGCCGUACCACCGCAGACCUUUUACCAGCAAGGAGUUAAUGGAUAUCAACACCCUCAUUCAGCAGGAGCUGAGAAAGGCACCACGAUUCCUCACGGCGUGUUGCCAGUCUGACGGGACUGAUCUGGCUCCACUCGUAACAGCCCCACCGGGCUUCAAGUCUGGUGACCGCAUGACUUGGUUUGUCCUUUUCCACAACGUGCCUGGCACCGGUUACUACCUCUCACCGGUGGGGCUGGAGGUGCUGGUGGACCACAAGGACCUCCAGGUCUCUCGCUGGCAUCUGCGCCAAGUUUUCUACAAUGGCCAGUACUUUGCCAGCACAGGGGAACUAGAGGAGAAAUUUUUGGCCAACUCGGUUGAGGUCAUCAGGAUCGAGAAGCCCCAGGAUGAUGCAGUGCUGGGCUCGCUGAGACCCCGGCAGCUGCCUGGCCCCCCACAACCGCUGCAGUAUGAGCCCCAGGGUCCCCGCUACAGCGUCAGAGAUAACCACAUCACCUUCCAGGGCUGGAGCAUCGCUUUUGGUAUAAAACCCAGCUCCGGUCCACGUCUCUUUGAUAUCAGGUACCGUGGAGAGAGGAUUGUCUAUGAGCUGAGCCUCCAGGAAGCCGUCGCCAUGUAUGGCUCCAACUGCCCCGGGGGAAUGUCAACCCGCUACCUUGAUGGGAGCUUUGGCAUGGGCAGGUUUGCCUAUGAGCUUGUCCGGGGCCUCGACUGCCCCUACACGGCGACCUACGUGGAUCGGCACUACCUGGUGGAUUCUGACGCUCCUCAAACCAACCAAAAGUCGCUCUGCAUUUUUGAACACGACGCUGCCAUCCCUCUACGGCGCCAUUUCUCUGACUCGCAGUCCUUCUACUAUGGUGGGCUGCGGAAAAAUACACUGGUCAUCCGUGCCAUCUCCACUCUCAUCAACUAUGACUACGUCUGGGACUUCAUGUUCCAUGGUAAUGGGGCCCUGGAGGUCCGAAUGCACGCUACCGGCUACAUCAGCUCCUCCUUUUUCCACGACCGAGGGGUCAACUAUGGCAAUAGGGUUGGGCCCCACACGCUGGGGACGAUGCACCUCCAUAACAUCCACUACAAGGUGGACUUGGAUGUUGACGGGCAGCUGAACUCUGUGGAGACCCAGGACAUGGAGUAUGAGCUUGUGAAAGCCCCCUGGAGCAUGCAGAACACCAUUGAGCGGCUGUACCUCCGCAGGAAGGAGCUGCAGAAGGAGGAUGAGGCAGCCUUCAUACUCAAUGCCCCCAUGCCCCGCUACAUCUCCUUUGCCAGCUCCAAGUCCAACAAGUGGGGGCAUUCACGCAGCUACCGUAUCCAGAUCGUCAGCUUUGCUGGAGAGCACCUACCCAUCAGCAGCCCCAUGGAGAGGUCCAUCAGCUGGGGCAGGUACAAGCUGGCCGUCACCCGGCGCAAGGAAGAGGAGCCCACCAGCACCAGCAUCUACAACCAGAAUGACCCCUGGACACCCACCGUCGCCUUCGCUGACUUCAUCAACAAUGAGACCAUCGCCAACCAGGACCUGGUUGCCUGGAUCUCUGUGGGGUUCCUACACGUCCCCCAUGCUGAAGACGUCCCCAACACGGCAACAGUGGGGACUGGGGUUGGCUUUUUCCUGAGGCCCUACAACUAUUUUGACGAGGACCCCUCAGUGGACUCACCUGACAGCGUCUACUUCAGCAGCGAGCAGGAUGUUGCUGGGUGCAAGAACAACCCCCUCGCCUGCCUGCCCACCACCGCCACCUGUGCCCCCCAACUGCCUCCCUUCCGCUAUGGGGGCUUCCUCAACCUCAGCGUGGCCCCAUCAUCUGGCGAGCACUGACUGGGCUGGGGCCACCGCUGCCCCCGUCCCCUCCAGCGAGGGCUGCCCGUGCUCAGCCACCGGGUACAUCCUUGGAGGGCAUCCACAGAGGGGCUCUGGCAGCAGUGGUGGGUGCAGACCAGCUCUGCUGCUGCACCAGGACCUGUCCACCCCACACUCAGGUUGUUGUGUGCUCAGGGCCAGGUUUUUGAAGGAGCUCAGCUCUCGUUUUGGCACCACGUUGCUGCCCAAAGCAGAUUCGAAGCCUCUGAGAAACAGCCCCUAGGAGUGAUUUUUGGAGACUCCAUCCAAGAGACCACUCAAAGGGCUGUGGGGUGCCCAGAGCUGCUCUUCCCCAUUGGGACUGGGACUCCUGCUACCUCCUCAAGGUAGGUUGAUGCUCAAGGGUGAUGGUGCCACACAGGGCUGGGCACUGCACAAAGCUGCAGGUCCCUUUGGAGUCAUGGUCCACGCUGAGGUUCUGCUCAAGGUGGAGGGAGCAGGUGGUGUGGGAACCGCUGUGACACUGGGCCAUGGGCACCCAGCAUCUCCAGGAUGCCCGAAAUGUCCACCUGGCCCUUGGGCUGCUGUAGCUCCAGGGCUGCUGGGACCCAGGAGACCCUGGGUGCUGUGGUGAUGCCAGCCUCUGGGAACAGGGAUGGGAACAGAGAUGGGGAUGGGAACUGGGAUGGGGGAUGAUGCCCUGGGCUGCACCAGGAGCCCAUGAACGGAGCUCACUGCAGGACUGUGGGAUGGGUUCUCCUCGGGCUGCUCUGCCUUCUGUCCACCCUUCCCAAUAAACUGGCACUCAGGUGCUCUUCCUGACCGAAUUUUUGUGUAG